UAAUAUAUCUUCUCUGUCAUACACCAGAGACGCCUUAAAACUAUCUUGCAGUAGGGGAGAAAAAAAAAAUCUAGACUCAACAAGUUGAGCAGUGAUGAUGCCAAGCCAUCCAAGUUGUUCGAGAAUCUUGGCUUUCAUAAUUGAAAUUAAUCAACCUUAUUCUAUACGAUUGCUUUCCCCCAAUUUUGGAAAUUUAUUAAGGUUGCACUCUUGCAGACUUGCAGCCCUUCAAGAUUGAAGAUUCCAUAGACGAUAGGGCAAAAAAACAAACUGGAGAAUGGAUUCCUCAAAGGGCAUACCUCCUUUCCAACAAGAAGAUGAAAUCUUACCAUUCAGUAGUGUUGCUGAGGAAGAAGCUAAAAAAGAAAAACAGUAUAUCGGAGUCCGAAAGAGGCCAUGGGGGAAAUUUGCAGCGGAAAUAAGGGAUUCGACGAGGAAUGGAAGGAGGGUUUGGCUUGGAACAUUUGACAGUGCAGAAGAGGCUGCAUUGGCAUAUGACCAAGCUGCAUUCGCAAUGAGGGGUUCAUUAGCUUCCAUUAACUUCCCCAUUGAAAUUGUGAAGGAAUCACUAUUAAGUAUUAGAUACAGAUGCAAGAAUGGUUCAUCCCCAGCUGCAGUCCUAAAGGAGUCAUACAAAAGAAGAGGUAAAUUCAUAAAGAAACAAGUUACUGAAAAAGAUGAAGUGUUGGUGUUUGAGGACUUGGGGCCUGAUCUAUUAGAUGAGCUACUAUCUCAAAGUUCAGGGAAGCCUUGUGAUUGCUUCACCAGUUACCACCUGGAGAAAGAGAACGGACAAUAACCAUGGGAAUAUGACAUAACUCCUAGUUAGGAAUAUUUGGGAUUUGAGAGAUUGAGUUUUCCUUAUCGCUAUGAUUUGUUGAUGUAUUUAUAUUUUUCUUUCAAGGAUUUGAAUCAGCAACUGAAUUACACGAGAUUAUUUACAAUGAAAUUUGCAUGGUUUGCU